AUGGAUUCAGAUAGUACUGUAUCUUCUUUGAUCAUGAUGGAUGAAGAUUUGCAUCCACAUCAAUUCUCUUCUUCAACUUCUAAGCUACAUACCAAUGGUACUCCUACUUCUACUAGUGUUCAUGAGCUUCUUGAAUGCCCUGUUUGUACCAAUUCAAUGUACCCUCCAAUUCAUCAGUGUCACAAUGGGCAUACCCUAUGUUCAACUUGUAAGACGAGGGUACACAACAGGUGCCCGACUUGCAGACAGGAGCUCGGGGAUAUUCGGUGUUUAGCGUUGGAGAAGAUCGCGGAAUCACUUGAACUUCCUUGUAGAUACACCUCUGUUGGGUGUCCGGAGAUAUUUCCGUAUUACAGCAAACUCAAACAUGAGUCUGUUUGUAACUUUAGACCUUAUAACUGUCCUUAUGCUGGAUCUGACUGUUCUACUGUCGGGGAUAUUUCACAACUUGUUGCUCAUUUGAGGGAUGAUCAUCGAGUUGAUAUGCAUUCUGGAUGCACUUUUAAUCAUCGUUAUGUCAAGUCGAAUCCCAUGGAAGUUGAAAAUGCUACAUGGAUGUUAACAGUCUUCCACUGUUUUGGACAAUAUUUCUGUCUCCAUUUCGAAGCCUUUCAGCUAGGAAUGGCUCCAGUUUACAUGGCAUUCCUCCGUUUCAUGGGCGACGAAAGAGAUGCCAGAAGCUACAGCUACAGUCUCGAGGUAGGCGGAAGCGGCCGCAAACUAAUCUACGAGGGCAGUCCAAGGAGCAUUAGAGACAGCCACAAGAAAGUUAGAGACAGCCACGACGGCCUCAUUGUAUACCGAAACAUGGCACUUUUCUUCUCUGGUGGCGAUAGGAAAGAGUUGAAGUUACGAGUAACCGGACGGAUUUGGAAAGAACAGCAAAACCCUGAAGGUGGAGUUUGCAUACCAAACUUGUGUAACUAG